AUGGAUUUCUGGCUGAUGGUCCUAUGUGCCCUCCUGGCAGCCGUCCUAGGGGGGCUCUACCUGGUGGGAGCAUUCCGCAAGCGGGGAGCCAACGAGCCCCCCGUGGAUAAAGGCCUCAUUCCCUGGCUAGGGCAUGGUUUGAACUUCAGGAACGACACUCUCAGUUUCCUGCAGCAGAUGCAAAAGAAACACGGCGACGUUUUCACUGUAUUGAUUGCUGGACACUUCUAUACCUUUCUGAUAGACCCGCUGUCAUUUGAAGCCGUGGUGAAAGAAGGAAGAGCCAAGCUGGAUUUUUACCCCAUUGGCUAUGAACUUGUUGGUAAUGUGUUUGCCUUCCGGCCUUCUGAAAAGAUGCAUAAGGUAAUAGAGACAUCUAGUGUCAAGCACCUUUCAGGAGACGGGUUGGAGGUGAUGACAAAAGCCAUGAUGGACAGCUUGCAGAAGGUGAUGCUUCACAAACUGGGCUCUGAAGAAAGCCCGAAGCCCUGGAAACAAGAUGGAUUCUUCCACUUCUGCUAUAAUAAGGUCUUCAGGGCUGGAUAUUUCGCUUUGUAUGGAAACAAGCCCGGUAAAGGCAAGAAGGAGAAAGAAAGUGCCUUGAAGCAGGACCUCAAGGAGUCUGAAGAAAUAUUUAAGCAAUUCCGAAAGUACGACCAGCUUUUCCCCCGCUUUUCCUAUUCGAUGUUGACUUUUGGAGAAAAGAAAGAAGUUGAGAGUCUCUGGAGCUACUUCUGGAACAUCCUCUCAGUGAAGAAUGUCUACCAGAAAGACAACAUCAGUGGCUGGAUCCAUGACCAGCAGCAGCAGCUUGCUGAGACUGGCAUGCCCGAACACAUGCGGGAUCGGUUUAUGUUUUUGCUUCUCUGGGCUGCUCAAAGCAACACGGGUCCGGCUUCCUUCUGGCUCCUUGCACACCUUCUAAAGAAUCCCCAGGCCAUGGAGGAGGUGAGGAAAGAAGUGACCGCAGUGGUGAGAGAUUCUGGCCAGGAGCUAAAGCCGGGCAACGCAGUGCUGAAUGUGACCCGGGAGAUGUUAAGCCAGACCCCAGUCUUGGACAGUGCUGUGAAGGAGACACUAAGGAUGGCAGCGGCUCCUAUGCUGAUCCGAGCUGUGCUGGAAGACAUGCAGCUCAAGAUGAAUGAUGGGAGGGCGUACGCUUUGCGCAAAGGGGACAGGGUCGCCAUUUUCCCCUAUUUGACCCACAUGGACCCAGAAAUCCACCCUGAGCCCCUUGUUUUCAAGCAUGACCGCUUCCUGACCACGGAUGGCAAAAAAAAGAAAUUCUAUAAAAAUGGGGAAAAGGUGAAAUAUGCCACCAUGCCAUGGGGGGCAGGGGUCUCUGUUUGCCGGGGGCGUUUCUUUGCAAUCAAUGAGAUCAAGCUCUUUGCCUUCCUCAUGGUCACUUGUUUUGAGAUGGAGCUGGUGAACCCAGAAGUCAAAAUUCCUCCAAUAGACAAAAGGCGUUUUGGGUUUGGCGUCAUGCAGCCCUCACAUGAUAUCCAGUUCAGGUACCGGUUGCGCUACUGAGUGACACAGAACAGAAGCCAGGAGUCAGAGGCCUGUCUGGUUUUAGACCCAAAUAUCUUUGUAGGGACGUAACAUUUAAACAUCAAUUGUGUGUUUUUGUAGGCAGAAUAAAGCAUUUGUUUAGGCAGAAGAAAGUAAUGUUUCCUAAUACUGUAAGAUUGCAAAGGGAUCUUGUAGCAUUUUAGAGACUCACUGAGAAAACAAUAUUGGUAACAUAAGUUCGUAGACUAAGAAACCACCUAUGCUGUAGAAAAAUAGCACAUUAAUUGCAGGUGUGUCAAUGUUGUGGUAUCAUGGGAGUUAUAGUUUUUGAGUUAUUUACCUUUUUCUAUCAAAGCGGUGUGGUACCACAACAAACUACACAUCCCUAGAGUCCCUAGGAUGGAGCUUUGGUAGUGUAAAACUACAUUAAUUCAACAUUGUAGAUCCACCACUAAUUUCAUAUAUUCUCCUUGGUUUAUUUCUUUCUUUUUUUUUGGACAAGUUUUCUGCUUAUUGCAUAGGGCAAAAUGAGUGAUUAAUGGCAAACAAGAGUUACACAAAGACCCUAGAAAAAUAUCAUACUAGUAUGUAGCAAAAUGUGAAAAUUGUUCUGGUCCUGGUUGGAGUUGUCGUUUCCUGUUUAAUUGUGUGGUACUUACUUACUUCAAUGUGCCAUUUUUAACCUUUUGUGCAGACCACAAAACAACGUUUUUUCAGUUUAAUAAACUUUUCCCAUGUAUUUAUGACAGAACCAAUUAGGAAAUGGCAUUUAUCACCCAGGAACUCAUGUGACAUAGUGUUAUUACUUAGCAGGGAUUUUAAAUGUCAAGGUUCAACUGUUAAUUCAAUUUUUCAUAGAUCUCCCUGCAACCAGCUCAGAGUAUAGUUGCCUUAUUUGAAAGCGCGCGGGGGGGGGGGGGGGGCACCAGGCCGGGUGGCCUUUUCUGAAAGCAAAACCUGACCUUUUAUACAUUUGGAGCAGUAGAAAUGUAUACAGAAGCUUCUACUACUGACUUGGAUGUUUGAGUUUGUUCCCAAGGUGCUAAAAGUGUAGGAUGCAUCUGUUUAGGGUUUCCGUCCUGCCUACAUUAUUCCAUUUCACUGCUGCUUGUAUUUGGAUUUCUUUUAUUUCUACUAAGAGUCAGUCUUCCUUUUGUGUCAGUUGAGCAUUACUAGAACACAAUUGGCUCCAUUGGAGCCCACUCCUUUGUAAAAUCUUGCAGUUUCCUCAUGCUUGAUAUACCAUUGUUUAGUGUAUAGCUAAAGGAAGCCAAAAAGCCAUACUCACUCGGAACAUCAGAAAUAGAGCUGAUAACUGGCAGGACUUCCAGUUGCUCAACUGAUGGUACAUUUUAAUCAGGGAAAACAACCACCUUCAUUCUCUUGUCUUUGUCAAUGCACUCCAAGGGUUGUGUGCUUUCCUCCGUAUCAGUCCUGAAGUUGAUAACUCUGUCUACACUUAUUGAUGCCGAACCAGGGCCAAGGUUGUUUCAAGAAAAAAUCUGAGAGGAAUGACAUGACCUAUAAAUUAUAAAUGGAUAAACAGAUUUCUAGCAAUAUCACUUGGCAGCUGCAUAGAUUGCAAUGGCUUUGUGCAGCACGUGCAAAGCUUGAAAGUUUUGCCUGCUGCAGAAAGUAAAUGCAUUCCGCCUGCUGGACAGAUGGAGAGCUGUACGGAAACUACACUGUGGAAUUAGUAGUAGCAGCGGGCAUUCCACUUUUAAGUCUAUUGAGACACAAAGCAGCUCACAACAUUAAAAAUCAGUGCAAUUUAAACAUGCAAAUAUAGUGUUUAUAUGCUUUGUUCUUUGUAUCACAUUUAGCACUGUUUGCUGCUGUGAGUCAUUUUGUGGAGAGACAAAGCAGUGCAGAACAUCAGCAGCAGCAACAAUGAAAUGGAAUUAAACAAACCAUUCAAUUAAAAUUUCCCAAAACACUUAUAAACUCUUUAAACAAUCAAAUACUCUACAAUACACUAAGUUAAUGCAGUUUUACACCCCUUCAACCGCCCUGUUGUUGAGUCACAGCACACACACCCCCACCCCAAAGAUUUAUAGAACAUCAAGAGACUCCAAAAAAGAUAUAUGAUUUUUUCUUUAUUCUUGAGAUUGUUUCCAUGACUCCAGAGAAGCAAAAGGUCUAAGCACUAGAGGCUCUGAAACGGGACUAGCAUCAGCUGUACCCCACCAACUCUGUCAAACCUUACCUUUCUGUCAAUAGAUAAACGUGAUAUUUUAUGUGUAACUUGUAUCUUUUAUGUACUGUGUCAAUUCCUAAAGGUAUAAAUGUAUCAAAUGAAAUGUAUCAAAAUGUACCUAGUAGGUAGCUAAUUUCUCAUGCCCUCAGUUUGCAUAAUCCCUUGGAAAAGGAAAUUUCAGCCAGGGUUCCUCCAACUACAGUAGAGUUCCGGUUAUCCGUCUUCUGCUUAUCCGACAGUCUGUAUUAUUUGAGGCACCACCCCCUUCGCCGCAGCACUCAUGGCUGCCUCUACCUGGAGGGAGCUCGAGAGAAAGAGGAGGACUUUUCUCUCCCUCUUCCUUGAGCAAAGGAGGAGGUGGUGGAGGAGGUGGAGGCAGACGCAGCGGCAGCCAUGGAAGGCAAGCAACCUGUCCCGGGUUUCCCUCGGCCAGGCACUUGCUGGAGGAAAGAAUUUCCUCCCUCCAGCAAGGGCCUGUCCCUCCAAGAAAAUGGGAGUGCGCCCUGCAUUUUCCUUGGCCAGUCAGAUAACCGGAACUCUACUGUAUUUCCCAAGCCAGAUCAAAAUCAAUACCUUUGUGUAUGUAUGCAGACAGAUCUCUUUGUUACCAGAAUAAGCUCAGGAUGUUUGUUCAUUCAGCUUGAGGCUGGGAGUCUUCCGCUCUCAUGGAAGAGGGGGCUCAGCAAAAAAUGAAUACAUUAACUCGCUAUAGGGGCAGCAAAGCCUUUGAUUGUUUGGAAUCACCACCUUUGUUUUUUGGGAGUGGGAAGUCUGAAUUACUGUCAGAACUGUAUAAAAUGUCAUGUAUUACUCCAUGAGUUUAUACUUGUACCUUUUGAAUUGCAUUUUACACCCCUUUGGGUCCCACCCAUGGGCGAUAAGUGAGAUAAUAAAUAAAUACAUACAUAAUAUUGCUUGUACUUGCAUCCUUUAUGGCCAAAUUGUAAUAAACCUCUGUGUCUUACCUUCAACCCAGAGAGCUUGUUCUCUGUCUUGGCUGACCUGGUUUCGCAGAUGCUCGCCGGGCAAAGACCUCUCUAACUGCAGUCCUGAAAUCACAACUACUGUGGAAUCAUUGGAGUUGUAGUUUUACAAAGUCUUUUGCUUUCUCUGCCAAAGAGUGCUAAGUAGAUCUCUUAAAGAAGCACCCACUUUAGGGGAGACAUUACAGAUUGCUUUACCUGAAACCUUCCCUGUGACAGUAUGAUAAAGGAUGUCUAGCUAU